GAAAGGUAGUUCUAUAAACAACAGAGUGCCCAUCUUUACUUGAUAUCGGAAGAUUGCCACAGGAAUCUAUAGAAAUUUUAGCACGCAUAAAAAAUGUGAACUCUUGGAGAAAUUAUGUCUCAGUUGAGAAUUAUCUAGGAUAUAUUGUGGCUGAGGUAGACUAAACGUUGAUGUGCAACUAGAAUAAAACUAUGAACAAUAUGGCGAUGCAGGGAAGAGUGAACGACCCGCUUUUCCACUUUGAGACGCAUUUUCCAGAACGACUAUCACGUUUACAUCUUAACCCAGAGUACUCUGGUCAUCCGGUCCAGAGGAAAAAUAAACGCUCACGCGCUAGAAAUGGUGCGAGAUACAAGACUCAACCAGUGACAUUUGAUGAAAUCCAAGAGGUUGAUGAAGAAAAUAUUAAAGAGGAAGAUAAAACCGAUGGACUUAAACAUCAGUUUGCGGCAUUCUCUAAGUCAAUGGAUGGAUUAGUCCCUAGAUUUAAAAGUAAGCUGGCCGAUGAUGUAAUUCAAGAGGUUGUUGAAGUUACAACGAAUGACGUUAAACCAAAUAAGACAAAAAUUGGUGAUAUCGGUAGAAUUCAGUCUGAUUCUCCAGAGCUUAGGUUACAAAGUGUGGAAUCAGAUGAAACUUGUAAAGAAAAUAAGGAAAAUGAGCCAAGCAAUGGCUCUAAACCAGAAAAUGCGCCAUUAGGAUUACCUCCCUCUGGGCCGAAUACGCGACGACAAAGAACAACAGCUAAGGCAAAGAAGCGCCAAAUGCAAGCGGAGGUUCAGGGUGGGGGAGACAAAGGAACUUAGAGACAACUGUAUUUUCGCUUAUUCUUUAUUUUGUUUAGAUCUUUAAAUGUUGUAGCGUGUGUGUUUAUCAUCGUUAACAUAAAGCUUACAUAGGUUAUGAAAUCAAUUAUUUAUCUGUGCCUUUUGUUGAUAUGCUAUUUAUAACAGUGGGUAAUUGUUAACAUUUUUCGGAUAUAUACGUUGAAAUGAGGAAAACGUUCUAUAUGAAAAGCACGUUUCAGAAACAAAAGAAUUGUACAUAUUUGAGUGGAAAUACCAGUCCUUCAUCACAUAGAACUAAAUAUAAUAUAAUUUGAACAGAACAAAUUAUGGAUGUUUACAAAAGAACAGUCUUACUUGUUAUAAAGCACAUGCUAAAUGUUAAAGUAUUAAAAUACAAUUGUGCUCUUAAGAGGGACACAAAUAAUACAAUCUCAUCGAUUAUGAAGUAUAUGUUUGUAAAUUAAAGGGGAAUAAUGCCAUCGAAUAUUUAAUUCAUGGAUCAGAGUGGAAAAUCUACUACACUAGUAAAACAUCAUCGGAUACUGAUUUAUUAGUAGAGUGGAACAUGUACUCGGAUGUUAAAUAUGUGGAUAAGAGUGGUAAUUCUACUAGUAAAACGUCAUAGAUAUUGAAUUUGUCGAUUAGAGUGGAAAAACGCUAGUCAAACACCAUCAGAUAUUGAACGUGUGGGUUAGUGAAAAGCAAUUAGUACAACAGUCAUGAGGAAUGCACUUACAAUACAGAAAACAGUGGUGGAUUAGUGAUAGUACAUCUUCAUCACGUGCUAACAAUUAUUCAUUAGAUUUUGUUGAUUAGAGCGCGAAAGUCUAGUAUAGUUUCAGCAAAAGCAUGUCAUCAACAUCAAAAUUUGUGGGUUUAUGUGGAUAAAGCGUCAUCGGUUAAAUGUAAUGUGGUCACAAUUAAUAGUAAGCAUUUUUAUGUGGAUAUGACAACAUUAUCGGUUAGGAAGCAAAUGUUUGUUUAUAUGUUAUAUAAUAAUAAUUUGUGGAUUACACCGGAAAGAAAAACUAGUUCAACGACAUUGGGCAUAAAGCAUGUUGUCACAUCCAACAUCAGUAUUUGUGGGUAACAGUAAUAAAACAAUUAUAGUACAACGUCAUCUGUUGCAAAGCACGUGCUUACGCAGAAAUAUAAAUAUUUGUUGAAUAUAGUGAAAAACUUGUAUCGAGUCCUACAAAGGUUGUGUAUAAGAUGCUAUCAUUAUUUUUUUUGUAAUAUGGUGCUCAUGAACUUUUAUAAAACAGGAUUCAAUAGA